UGUGUUGGAUAAUUCCAGAAGAUCGCAGUCGCAGGGUAGCGUGGAAAGCAAGUUCACUCUGACUGGGCACAUUCGUAAACUCACUGAAGAAAGUCUUUGGUUUACUAUUUAACAUUUUUUUCCAAACAGAAUUGGCAACCUUCAGUGGUAAAUCAGAUUCUGCGAUAUACAGCCUGAUUUCUCUUGAAUUACACAGCACUAUCUUUCAGUCGGCCUUCAUUUUACAAAUUUACUAGAACGAUCCGUCGUCAUGAUGCUGAAUGCAGUCCGCACCGCUUCAAGAACACUCUCGUGUUCUAAAAACAGCUCACGGAAUGCUUCUUCGUUUGUCAAGAAGGCGUCCUGGAACGGAUUGAGUCAAUAUGGAUUACGAAAUGUUGCCAGACGUGACUAUGCAUCAGAAGCUAUCAAAGGGGCAGUCAUUGGAAUUGACUUGGGAACCACAAACUCCUGUGUGGCUGUUAUGGAGGGCAAGCAGGCUAAGGUUCUGGAGAACGCAGAAGGAGCAAGGACGACCCCCUCAGUGGUGGCCUUCACCACUGACGGCGAGAGGCUGGUGGGCAUGCCAGCCAAGCGCCAGGCCGUCACCAACCCUCAGAACACCCUGUACGCCACCAAGCGUCUGAUUGGCCGACGCUUUGACGAUCCCGAAGUUCAGAAGGACCUGAAGAAUGUUCCCUUCAAGAUCGUUCGUGCCUCUAAUGGUGAUGCCUGGGUCGAGGCUCAUGGGAAAAUGUACUCCCCCAGCCAGGCUGGGGCCUUCGUGCUGAUGAAGAUGAAGGAGACUGCAGAGAACUACUUGGGCCACAGCGUGAAGAAUGCCGUCGUCACCGUGCCGGCAUACUUCAACGACUCCCAGAGACAGGCCACAAAGGAUGCUGGGCAAAUUGCGGGGCUGAAUGUGCUGAGGGUGAUCAACGAACCCACUGCUGCUGCUCUGGCCUACGGAUUGGACAAGACCCAGGACAAAAUUAUCGCAGUGUAUGACCUGGGUGGCGGUACCUUCGACAUCUCUGUCCUGGAGAUUCAGAAGGGCGUGUUUGAGGUCAAGUCCACCAACGGAGACACCUUUCUGGGCGGGGAAGACUUUGACCAGCACCUGUUGAUGCACAUUGUCAAAGAGUUCAAGAGAGAGUCCGGUGUGGAUCUCACCAAGGACAACAUGGCCCUGCAGAGAGUGAGGGAGGCAGCGGAGAAAGCCAAGUGUGAGCUGUCCUCUUCCCUGCAGACCGACAUCAACCUGCCGUACCUGACCAUGGACGCGUCCGGGCCCAAGCACCUGAACAUGAAGCUGACCCGCUCCCAGUUCGAGGGCAUCGUGGCCGACCUCAUCCGCCGCACCGUGGCGCCCUGCCAGAAGGCCAUGCAGGACGCCGAGGUCGCCAAGAGCGACAUCGGCGAGGUGCUGCUGGUGGGCGGCAUGAGCCGCAUGCCCAAGGUGCAGCAGACGGUCCAGGACCUGUUCGGCCGCGCCCCCAGCAAGUCCGUCAACCCCGACGAGGCGGUGGCCAUCGGCGCAGCCAUCCAGGGUGGAGUGCUGGCCGGUGAUGUCACCGACGUGCUCCUCUUGGACGUCACCCCCUUGUCCCUCGGCAUCGAGACCCUCGGCGGGGUCUUCACCAAACUCAUCAACCGGAACACGACCAUCCCCACCAAGAAGAGCCAGGUGUUCUCCACAGCUGCUGAUGGACAGACGCAGGUAGAAAUCAAGGUGUGCCAGGGAGAGAGAGAGAUGGCUACAGACAACAAGGUCCUGGGACAGUUCACCCUGGUGGGGAUCCCCCCUGCCCCCCGAGGAGUGCCCCAGAUCGAGGUGACGUUCGACAUUGACGCUAAUGGAAUCGUGCACGUGUCGGCCAAGGACAAGGGCACUGGCAGAGAGCAGCAAAUUGUAAUCCAGUCCUCUGGUGGGCUCAGCAAAGACGACAUCGAGAACAUGAUCAAGAACGCAGAGAAGUACGCUGAAGAGGACAGGAGGCGAAAGGACCGGGUUGAGGCGGUGAACAUGGCCGAGGGCAUCGUGCACGACACGGAGUCCAAGAUGGAGGAGUACAAGGACCAGCUCCCUGCUGACGAGUGCAAUAAGCUGAAGGAGGAGAUAACCAAAGUCAGAGACCUGCUGGCGCGAAAGGACACCGAGACCGGAGAGAACAUCAAGCAGGCCGCCUCCAACCUUCAGCAGGCCUCUCUCAAACUCUUCGAGAUGGCGUACAAGAAGAUGGCGUCGGAGAGGGAAGGCGGCAGUGGCAGCUCAGGGACCAGUGGGGAAGAGAAGAAGGAAGGCCAGCAGUAAAACCCCUUUUGCACUUAGGAUUGUGCCAGAGACAAUGGGACUGAAGGGCUUGGGAAUGUAGACCUGACGUUAUCCCGAGCGGCUAUUGCGUUGAAGUCAUUCUCACAUACUGUGUUUUUGCAGUACGCUAUACAGUAUACAAAUGCCAUUGUAUGCCUCCCCUCCCCCUUUAUAAUUUAACUGUUAAAAACAAAGAAAAAAAGAAGUGUAACAUCAGAAUUUUUAAACUUGUUUUCUUUGCCUCUAUGUUGUGAAAUAGUAAAAUGUCUAGUAAUUAUUUGUUGCCUGUGUUUCCCUUGGGCUGAUUUUCCGGAUCAAACAAAAUCACACUUUGCUUUGUUGUUUGCAAUUCUGCUCGUGUCUUUUUGCUGUCAAGGUAAGGUUUUCCAUGUGGAGAUUAUUUGGGUAAUGAUGAAGCAAGGCCAUUCCAUCCCUCGAUUUAGACAUCGGUAAUUUCACAAAUUCAAAUGUAUGGGUGGAGUUUCAUCUCUGCGCAAAGAAAAGGUGCAACUUGAAGAAAGGCUGAAUUUGAUGUACCUUUGAGUUCCAAAAAGAACGGCGGCAGUCUCUAUUAGCUGUGCAAAAUGGUGAAAGGCACUUAGAUUUUCUUAUUAUAGUUGACUCAAAUGGCUUUGAGUGAACGCUAAUUUAACAACUUGGGAUGCAUAUCCUGUUAUCAUACCCUUAUUUUGAGAGUUCAGUAAGUUCUUGUAUGGGUGUUUAGUAAAUGGCAAUGCCCAUGCGAUUAUGUAGAGAUGGAGCCUUGGUCAGGUGUGCACAUCGUACAGUAUACUACUUUAAAUCUAUCCAUGGUCCAUUACAAGCGGUAUGUUCUGAUACAUGGCCUGCCGGUACUGUCUGGUCAUCUUAGUUACUCCCUUUUGUGGUACAUGGUAUGCUUUGCGAUCAUUUGUAUAUAGUUUUGCGACACUGUAAAUCAGAGUCAUUUAAGUUGACAGACUUCCACAAGACAGUAAUGAGGAAGGAAGUGGCUGUUUUUUUUCCAUACCCAGGUUGCGUCCCCUCUGAAAUUGGGUCUUAAAACUUGCUGCUUGUUAGCCAAAUUGUCAGUACAAAAUUGAAAAGCAAGUUUGUGGAGGAAUGGUUCAUGUGAAAUUGUAAAAUGUGAAAACUAUUAUCUUAGGGUUUAGAAAAUGGUGGUGAGGAGUGUGUUUUUGGAAGAUGUUUAAGUCUCAAGAGGAUUUAAAUGCUUCCAUUAUAAACUUUUAUAAUAAAAAAAUAAAAUUUCAACAUGGAAAUGUUGUGUUCUGUGGUCUGGUGGUUGUUCGUAUUCACAAGCCUUAUGAGCCUAUGAGGCUUACCAGUUCAAUGAAGAUUUGAGAUGACCCCAAUUUACUGAGAUGUAUAAUUUGCUAAUAAACCUGGGGACAGUAUAUUGUUUCUUGUAAUGAUCUCAUGAAGUUGGAGGCAGAGAAUCUGGCCUGCUCAACCUGAUAUUAUUGAAUUAAGGUAGCUUAAACUCGAUGAACCCAAUCCGCAAUCAAAGGAAAACAUUCUCACUGAAGUUCCCUUUCCACCUCGUCUUCUGGCAUGUCAAAAUGAAUGAGUCACUGUUGACUGCUGUUUAAAAUGACCUGUGUAGUUUGAUGGUGUACAAGCAUCAACAUUUGCCUGUCUGCAAAAUCAGUGUACAUCCACAUCUUUCUUAGUAGCUGCUUUUCAGAAUGAUGUUAAAUCCCAUAGAAAGUGAAAUCCUUAGAAAUUGUGAUGAACAGAUGAAUGAAUGGCUUAUGGUCUCUCAGAUAUUUCAACAAUUAAAGUGCUAGUUGCUUAUACUGUGUAACUUUACUUUUUAAGACAAUGCCAGCCUUCCUUUUGAACAAUAUCAAAUUUGAAUUCUUUUAUGGUAGGGCUGAAUUUUACUCAACAACCUCUUAAAUUUAGCAAAGUUGUUUAUCCACAAGUGUAUUUUUUAAAAAUCCCAACCAACUUAUAUUAUCUUCAUGAAAGAACUGCGGUUACUUUAUGGAUCUCUAAUACUUACGAAAAUUAAACAUGCUCAUAAAUUUUCUUUUUUCAUGA